AUGAGUCCUCUCGGGAGGUUCUCCGCGGUGGCUCACAGUCGGAAACAGGUUUGUUUCUAAGUUUACCAAAAAAUUCAAACAGUUAAUUUUAGCUGAACGCUGUCUGGCGUCGGUUUGCUUCGAACGAGGCACCGUCCGUCAUUGUACCAGGAAUCCGGCCUGUUGAGAGAAUCAGGAACAUCGGUGAGUGAGAAGAGAACCCUCAAUUUAUCUGAACUUUGUUUUUCAGGUAUUUCUGCUCAUAUCGAUUCCGGCAAAACAACGGUGACCGAGCGAAUCUUGUACUACGCGGGUAGAAUCGACUCGAUGCACGAGGUGCGCGGUAAGGAUGAUGUCGGAGCGACGAUGGACUUCAUGGAACUGGAACGACAGAGAGGAAUCACUAUCCAGUCGGCAGCCACCUAUGUCGAUUGGCACGGAACCAACAUCAACAUCAUCGACACUCCUGGCCACGUGGACUUCACGGUAGAAGUAGAGCGUGCUCUUCGUGUGCUGGACGGAGCUGUUCUCGUGCUCUGCGGUGUUGGAGGAGUCCAGUCACAGACAUUCACUGUCAACAGACAACUCGCUCGUUAUAAUGUACCAUUUAUCUGCUUUGUGAACAAAAUGGACAGAAAUGGAGCAACUCCUCUGAAGGCUUUGGAUGGACUCAGAAACAAGUUGAAUCACAACGCAGCACUCAUUCACUUGCCCAUCGGGAAAGAUUCAAACUUCAAUGGAAUCGUCGAUUUAGUGGAAGGACAUGCGUUGUAUUACGAGGGAGAAGGCGGUCUCAUUGUCCGGAAGGAUGAAAUCCCGAAAGAUUUGCGAGUAGAGGCAGAAGACAGAAGACAAGAGCUCAUUGAACACAUUGCCAACGCGGACGAGGUGCUUGGAGAGAUGUUCUUGAACGACCAGAAGCCAGAUGUCAAGCAGAUUCAUGAGGCUAUCAGAAGAACUGUUGUGAAGGUUAACGUCGUGGGGAAAUCUGAUUUCCGUAAAACAUACGUUUUCAGCGCAGUUUUGUCCCUGUUCUCUCCGGAUCCGCUCUAAAAAACAAGGGAGUGCAGACAAUGAUCGAAUCAGUCGUCAAAUACCUUCCGGAUCCUUCCGAAGUCGUCAACAGAGCAACUGUGAAAACAGAAUCCGGAGAAGUGAAAGGAAUCAUUCUCUCCCCGGAACGUAACAAUGAUAAGCCGUUCGUCGGACUUGCCUUCAAAUUGGAAGCCGGAAAGUACGGACAACUCACCUAUUUCCGUGUGUAUCAGGGACAACUGAGCAAGGGAGACACUGUGUACGCGUCGAGGGACGGAAGAAAAGUCAGGGUACAGAGACUGGUCAGAAUGCACGCGGCCGACAUGGAAGAGAUCACCACCGCCUACGCAGGAGACAUCUGUGCCACGUUCGGGCUUGACUGCCAUUCGGGAGAGACAUUCUGCACGGAUCCAAACCUUGCUCCACAUUGUGUAAGCGCUCCAUUACUAAUAAGUGAUAAACUCUGUUGCUACAGGAAUCUAUGCACAUUCCUGAGCCAGUCAUUUCCAUGUCCAUCAAGCCAGUCAACCGAAAGGACGCCGACAAUUUCAUUAAGGCGCUGACUCGAUUCACCAAAGAAGAUCCGACGUUCCGAAGGGAAUAUAAUCAGGAAGCAAAAGAAACCAUCGUAUCCGGAAUGGGAGAGCUCCAUCUUGAGAUUUACGCUCAGCGAAUGAAAAGCGAGUACAAUUGUCCCGUGGAACUGGGAAAACCAUCCGUCGCCUACAGAGAGUGCUUGGCAAGUCCGUACAAGUCAGUUUUCUAUUAAAGUCUUUUUUCUCAAAAUAAGUUUCCAUUCAGAUUCGCUUAUCGACACAAAAAACAAACCGGAGGACAGGGACAAUUCGGAGAAAUCGAAGGAGUCAUCGACCCGCUGCCGUCUGACCGUAACACUGUCGUGGAAUUCACAGACGAGACGUUCGGAAACAAUAUUCCGAAAAAUCUGUUCCCCGCUCUCAAAAAGGGUCUCGACGCGAUUGUCACUGAAGGCCCUUUGAUCAAGGCUCGAAUUGCCGGAAUCCACGUCCGUGUGCAAGACGGAUCGACUCACGCCGUUGAUUCUACUGAAAUCGCGAUGAUCAACACGAUGCAGAACAUGAUCCGCGAGGCAUUCGAAAAGGCCAAUUGGUUGCUGCUUGAACCGAUCAUGAAGGUGGAAGUGACGAUUCCGGCAGAGUUCCAGGGUAAUGUGGUCACCUCGCUCACACAGAGAAACGCCCUGAUCACCACAACGGAUUCUACGGAAGGAUACGCGACUAUCGUCUGCGAAGCGCCGCUCUCCGACAUGUUCGGAUACACCUCGGAAUUGCGAUCACUGACGGAAGGAAAGGGAGAGUUCAGCAUGGAGUAUUCGAGAUACGCGCCCACGUCGAUUGAAGCUCAGGACAGAGUACAAGCGGAAUGGAGACAACUUCACGGAAUUGCCGACCCGAAUGAGAAGGGAAAAAAGAAGAAGAAGUAG